AUGUCAGUCUCAUCGAUGUCCAGGGUCAUUCCAGCUCAGGUACUCCACGAACUCAAUUCCUACGCUGACGGCUCUGACCCGAUCGUAGUGCUCGCCAUAGACGAUGUGACAACAAACCCCAUAGUAGCUACCUAUCAGCCCCAUCCAGUCGAUACAUCUGCGACUUCCUGGGGAUAUGAUCGUGAUACUCAGCCUGCUACGGAGUCGGGCGGAAAUAAUGGUGCCGUGUUCCAUAGCCUUAUGCCUGAUCCUCCUCAGCAAGCAGUGUACUUCCCUCCGCCUCCGCCUCCGCCGCCGCCUCCAUUACAUCAUCCGGGGAAUCUCGUGUCUUCACCGCUUGAGGCUCACGAUGGGGAGUUUCCAAGUAUUAGUGCAACGCCAAUUCCGGAGCGGCAUCCCUCCACUGAAGCGCUUGCCGAUGAAUAUGAAAAAUUGCGAGACUUUGGAGAUGAAGUAGUGGGCCUUCGCUUUCGGGUAGCUGCAAAGCGCAAAGAACUCAGAGAUGUGAGAUUCCAGACAAGCGUCAAGGAUGGAAACGUCUUCAGCCUCUUGCGCCAACAUUCACUUGCAGAUAACACGCCUUUUCCACAAAGCAUCCUAGAUGCGAUGGAUGAGGCAUCAGCAUUAAGGGACAAGCUGGGCUCUCUCGAGACGGAAUACGAUAGCAUCGAAGCAGAAUAUAAUACGCUAGAGUGGUCGCAUACUGACAAAGAAACCAAGUUUUUCGAAAAACUUGUUGAUAGUGGCUUUGUUGCAAAUGGUAAAUUUGGGCGGCGCAGUACCUCCAUACAACAUGAUGACGCUUUCGUAACCAAGCUUACCAGCGAUCAUUUGGAUUCUCUAAACAACACAAUUCCUGCAGAAUUAGAGCAGACUGAUGAUCCAUGUGGGAAAUUGAUAGAGUUGAUGGGUCUCGAGAAAGAGCUCUUUGACCAAGAAAGAUUACAGCCUCGAGAGGACAACUUGCUAAACAGUUUUCAAUCCUCUAUCACUUCUUCAACCGAGAGAACAGAGGAACGGCUGGCAAGAACUCGAUUUCGAUCACUCCUGUUUGGCAAAAUGAAGAGAGUCAACUCUUGGUUGCUGGAUAUCAUCGAAGGGUCGCCGCUACAGAAGGGGCAGCUGAACGCAAGACUUGGCUUCAACACUGAGGAUCAAAACGACUGGAGGCAUAUGAGGGAAUCAAUAGCUCAAGACGACAAGGCCAACAUACCUUUCACUAAUAACACACUCGUUUCUUCCCGAUCCGUGAGUCAGGAUGUCGCCGCAACUUCUUCAAACGUACCACACCCAGGAGAUGCUGCGGCUGAGCAUGACCGGAUCACGUCCAGAGCCUUGGAGUCACAGGUACUGUACGGAGAGGGGCACGAAGCCUCUGUCAAUAAAAUUGACCGUGGAACUCAAUGCAACAGCGACGGAGAUCGAACGCGGUUGAAUCUUCAGUCAGCACCGAGCACCAUUGGCCGCGACUCUUGUUCAUCGCAAGCGCAAAGUCGUCGCACAUCAUACAGCGAUGGACUCGUUACAAAUAGCGAUGCUACAUCAGGUCAUUCUUGUCCAUGUAAAAAAUGCACGGGAGCUUCACCGUCGACCAUGGAGUCUAGUUCGCCUACUACUCCUACACAGCGGGUUCGAGACGAAUGCGAUAACGACACCCCUCGCCAGCUGAUUGAUCUCAAUGGAGGGCCUCAAGGGGAUACUAGCAGGAAUCCAAUCCCUCCGUUGAAGCUCCAAAACGGGACUUCGCAGCGGAUGACGAAGGAGAAAUACCUUGAGCACCUCACUUUACCACCAAGCGACUUCACGGACGAGCUUCCGACUACGCCGCGGCAUCAGUCUACCACCACAUCAUCGUUCUCGAAGAAACCAUUAUCUACUCACUCAGAGCCUGCAACUCUUUCACCAUCCCCCAUCAUCGAGCCAAAUACGCACUCGAGCAACGAAUCUGCCCCAUCAAACGACUGGUCCACGUCGACAUGUCUCGCUAUGUAA